AUGUCACCAACUUACGAAAACGUAAUCAUCACAGUUGAGCUCUCCAACAAGAAACUGCAAGAAGUGAAGGAAAGCUAUCCCAAUGUUUUCUACCAUCCAAAGGGAGAAGUCCCCAAAGAACAUAUGGAGGUAGCGGAUAUAUGGUAUACCAAUUGGCAUGGUCUUCCAUCAUCCGUGAAUAGUUUAGAUCAAAUUCCUCGCACUAAAAUACUUCAACUGUCAUCAGCUGGUGCAAACAAUGCUCUCGGUUCAUCGGUUAUGCCAACAGAAGAAGCUAGGAAACAGAUCCAGGUGUGUUCGGCUUCCGGAAUACAUGUUCUUUCUAUCCCGCAAUACAUCGUUUGCAACGUGAUCAAUUUGUACAUGAAGCUGCAGAUGCAAUUCCAUAUCGCCAGAACAGAUGCCAUCUGGCCCGCCAGAGAUAGGAUCAUCAAAGAGUCCGGUACAAGUGGGCAAUCAUUUCCUGGUAACAGGUCUCUGAUGGGGAAAACGGUUGGAUUUCUAGGUUACGGACAUAUUGGACGAGAAACCGCCCGACUUUGCAAAGCUUUCAAUUGCAGAAUCAUCGCAGCAAACUCGAAAGGGGACAAGCGGGCCGAGGACGGGUACCGAAUCCCGGGAACAGGGGAUGCGGAUGGCUCUAUCCCAGAAAAGUAUUUCUCGACCACAGACACCUCCUCUUUUCGAGAAUUCCUAUCUCAAUGCGAUGUGCUCGUUGCAAGUCUUCCCUCCACCCCUCAGACCACGUAUAUGCUCAAGUCUCUACCUGCUGGAGCUGUCUUCGUGAAUGUCGGUCGGGGAGAUCUGGUCAAAUCAGAAUACAUUCUAGGAGCUCUUGAUUCGUCAAAUGGGCUUUGGGGAGCUGUUCUAGAUGUCACCGAUCCUGAGCCUCUGACUGAUGGACACGCUUUGUUCACUCACCCUAAUGUUAUCGUCACCUCGCAUACCAGUGGAAGUUUCGAAGGGUAUUUUGAUAGUGGCGCAGAUCUGCUCAUUGCUCAAGCAGAAAGGCUCAAGAGUGGAUCAGAUCCGUUAAAUGUGGUCGACCCUGCCAAGGGUUACUGA